UUCGGUAUCAAUUUAAUUUUCGGUAUCAAAUUUGGUAAUUGCCGUAAUGAUGAAAGCCAUAAAUUUUAUGUAGUUAAAUUAGACAACAAUACAGUAUGCGAUUCACAAUUAUGUUUUUGGCCAGUUGAUUAUGAUUAUCAUUUUUAUUAUUAUAUAACAAUAUAUAAUGAUGAAAUAGACUUUGAAGCUGAACAGAUUGAAAAAAUAUUUAUAAUGUCCGAUUCAGAAAUUAGUUACACAUAUAAUAAUUUGUUCUGUCCAAGUAAAUAUGAUGAUUUUAAUUGUUCAAUGAACAAAUCAAAAAGUUAUAAUGUAAAUGAUUAUAUUUACAUUGAUACAUAUUUUUUUAAGGUAUGACAAAAAAAACAACCGUUUCAUAAAAAUUCAUCAUCAUAAUCUGAUUAUUAACAUUAUUAUCAGCCAAAUGCCUAUAUAGAUGUCGUGCAAACAUAUGUCUAUCAACAAAAUGGUACACCAACUAAUUUUGCUUGUAUACAAUAUAAAGCUUAUCUUUAUGGUAUGUAUAGUAUCAUAAUCUGAAUAGUAAAUUCCAAUUUAAAAUAGAUAAUUGGGAAUGUCGUGAAAGUUCUAAUCAAACAUUAUUGGAUGAAUUGAAUCAAACACAUAAAGAAUUGAUAAUGAUGGAAAUGUCAGAUU